UUCUCAAAUUGGAUAUUGAAUAUGGAAGAGGGACAAUUACAGAAAAUGGUGAGGCAAGUUGAGAUUAAGAGUGAUGGAGAUGUUUUCCAUGAAAUAUUUAAGUCAAGGCCUCACCAUCUUUCCGAAAUGUCGCCAGCUUGCGUUCAGAAUUUUGAACAUCUCGACGGUGAAUGGGGAACUGUAGGCUCUAUUGUCUUGCUUAACUACAAUCAUGAUGGAAAAGAUAAAGUUGUUAAACGUGAAACAAUAGCAAUAGAUGAGGAGAAGAAAUUGGUGGCCUUCAAGGUCAUAGGAGGUGACCUAACAGAGCUAUAUAAGACUUUCAUCGUUACCAUCCAGGUGAACUCCCAUGGAGAGAGCAACUUGGUAACAUGGACACUUGAAUAUGAGAAACUCGAGGAAGAUGUAGAGGAUCCACACACACUCAUGGAUUUCUUCAUUACCAUGACCAAGGAUAUCGAGGACCAUCAACUUAAAUCAACUUAAAUAAGUAAAACUAAGUUUGUAGUGU